AUGAAGCACUCUCUGUUCAAGAGCACCUUGCUUCUUCUCUACCUGACCCUCUUGAUCUCCUGCUACCCCUACCUGGAGUCCGCCAUCUACUCUCCCCCAGCAACUUUUAUCGAGGCUGUGAAAAAGAAGGCGGUCCACAAGGCCCUCCUGAGACGCAUCCUGGCUCUCAAGCAUGAUGGUUAUGCCUUCGGCAUCAGCCCCAAGUACGGCUCAGUGCAAGACCCCCUGAGUGAGUUUCUCAGCGCAGUCUUUCUGCUCCUCAUCCCUGAGCUCCUGAUCGCUUCCCCUCCAUCUCCUUGUGGAUCUUUUCUUGUAUCUCCCCACCCUGCUGUCUCCUGGCACCUCCCCUUUCAGUAUGUUGGACCCCAGAUCUCGGCACGCGCCCGUUUGUUUGUAAGAGACCUUGGCUGGCCGGCCGUGGGCGUGGCCGUGGGAAGGGGUGGCUCGGGGUCCCGCGGGCUCCUGGGGCCAUUGCCUCGGGUCCCUUCUACGCCCGGCCCCUUGCGGGGCUUCUUUGGGAACGUAGAUGCCUCAGGGAUCAAAGAAAAUGCGUUCGAGCCUCCCAUCAUCGCCCAGUUCCUCCGCCUGCUGCCCUCUCACUUCAGCGUGCGAAGUACGCUGCGCAUGGAGCUGCUGGGCUGUGAGCUGAACAGCUGCAGCCUCCCCCUGGGUGUGGAAAACGGAGCCAUCUCGGACGCCCAGCUCACAGCUUCGUCCCACAAGGCCAACGUGUUUGCCAACUGGGCCCCUUCCCGCGCCCGACUGAACCUCGAGGGCCGAACCAAUGCCUGGAGGCCCCGGAUCUUUAAGGGAAAUCGGGAUUAUUCCAGCCCCGUGGUGAACCCCGUGGAGCCUCCCCUGUUUGCCAGCCACCUGAGGAUCCACCCCUGGCGCUGGGCCAACCACAUUGCUCUGAGGGUGGAGGUUCUGGGCUGUGACACUCAGCAGCUGUCCUAAGGGCGUCAGCGUGGGACGCGAAUGGCCCCUUCCACCCCCCCCCAGCUCAGCCACCCUGCGAUGAGGGAGGUCAACAUGGGCCUGAGAUACUGCAGGGCAAGAAGGCCUUCUGGGAUUGCUGACGACCUCUGGGCCCAGCCUAGAGAGGAGAAGAGAGAAGGGGGCCCCUCCCUCCCAGCUAUGAUUCCCCUGCCUCCCAGCUGUGAUCCCCCUCCUUCCCAGCUGUGAUCCCCCUCCCUCCCAGCUGUGAUCCCGCUGCCUCCCAGCUGUGAUCCCCCUCCCUCCCGACUGUAAUCUUGGAUCUUGGCCUCCCUCACCUGGAACAGGGCAGCUUAGCCCAGAAGAAUACUCCACAUUGGGGAGGAAAUAAACUGUGCAAUGGGGGCUCGCCUGUUUUGGGGGGUAGCUGAGGGCUGGGAGGCGGAUUAUCUGUGACUUUCUAGCAUCCCAUUAAACAUCUCUGCAAAGUG